AUGGCGUUCUUCCAAUUAGCUAUGAAAGCCAGGAAGCUGGAAAAAGCAAGGCUAAAGUACGAGGAUGAAAAAUUCCGAUCGAUCGAGAUCUCAGAGGGUGCCAAGCCUCGGUACACACUGAAGCAACGGAUCCGUAGACAGAAAUUACGCCUCAAGAGAAAGGUUAAAAGCAUCUUCAAGAAGAUCUUCACGAUUCCAAGAGGAUCUUGGCUCUUCAGAAAGAUCGUCGAGGUGCGAACCGAGGGUACAAUGGAGAAUUAUGUCGUGAAAAGUUUUCUGGGAUUCGUCGGUGGAAUAUUCCUCACGUACAUCUUCUUCGGUUUCUUCGUUCUUCAGCUCGAUUUUAGGCUCUCUUCGGCAACGUACCUCUGCAGCGUAAUAGGGGUGAUUUUAACCCUCGGUCUGGCGUUCUCGCCGCGGAUACGUUGCAUAGUGUUCCUGUUAUUACCCCAAUUUUUCUCGAAGCGGGGACGCCAAGGGCUGGUCGCGUACGCUUUUAUUUUAGCGUUAACCGGGCCGGUGAAGAACACUCUGCACAACACCGGCGUUCUUUCGGAGUCACUGGCCUGUGCGCAGGAACAAUUGAAAGAGGCGGUGAAAACCGUCGUGGAUCUAGCGAAGCAACCGUUCUACGCCCUGCGUGACGCGAUAUCGAAAGUCAUAAAGUCGGUCAAAGCUGUCGUGAAAAGAAUCAAACAGACACUGCUCGCGAUCAAGAGGAUCGUUCUCAGUAUACUCAGAGUCAUCACUUCGGUGUUCCAGUGGCUGGGGAGUAUAGUAAACAUAUGUAAUAAGAAAUUAGGCACUCCCUUCGACAGGUGCCAGAACGUCUUCGAGGGUGCAGUGGCGGAUUGCAAAGCGAAACUGGGUCCUUAUUUAGGAGUCGUUUGUAAUGUAACAUACGUUGUCAGUGCUCUUUGCUACAUAGUGAAGCCGUUGGACUUCAUUUGCAUGCUAGUUACUUAUAUAGCUGACUCUGUAGUUGGCGUCGUUAAACGCAAGAUUAAAAGGUUCACGAUGCAUAUGAAGGCGAUGUUUUACGUCAAAGUCAAGUUCUCCCAUUCGUUUCACUUCGAGACGAACCAAAGCAGAACGAUAAAGGACGUCUCCGCUAAUAUAUCAACCGAGAUACGAUCAAGAACCGACGAGUUAUUCGGUUUCUUCAACUCGAUAAGCUUCCUCACAUCUCUUUUUACCUUUAUUAUUGUGCUCAGAGUAAUGCGUUACCGUUUCAAAUGGCUGACCAGCGAGCGCUUCGACAAUCGGUACAUAACAAACGAUCUGCGCACCAUAGACAUAAUAAGAGCACGUCAGGACAAAGAAACUGUUCUGCCGCUUAAUCCACGGGAGAGAAGCAGAUACGUGCCCCUGUCCUCUGUCAUGUUAGUGAAAUCCGAAAGGACCAAGUUGGCGAGAUCCGCGGUGUUUUUGUGUCUGGCCACGAUCAAGCUCCUCGCCUAUAUGGCGAUAGAUUACAGUCUCUACUGGGUGCUGAACAUCAUUCAGAUCCACGGUCGAUUUCAAAGUAAGGUGGAGAAACCAACCGUGGUGACUGUUCACGUUGCCGGCGAAGGAUAUCUGUCUGAUCUCUACAGAAGUAUUGUGAGAGCGUUCACACCUCAUGGAAAAGAGUCGGAAAUCAAUACGAUGCUUUGCCUACCGGACCCCGUGCCACCUGAUCUCGACAAAUACAUUCAGAUCGUCGCUUUGAUUAUCCUCUUCUGGUUGGUCGCAGUCUUCGAACCGUACGGUCUGCGACUGAGGCACGUGGUUCUUUGUCAGUAUUAUCCUGACAGGGCGAAACAGAGGGCUGCCUGGUUGUACAAUCACAUUAUCAGAUCGAGAGGAAGCUUCCUGAAGUUCGCCAGACGUCAGUUACGUCGAAAGUUCGGCCUGGCAGGAGGACAAACGAUCGAGAAAGUCACAUUGCAGGACAGACUCUGGGCGACAUGCCCCUUCCUGAACGUCUUCUUCCCGCGAAAGCAGAAAAUGUGCUUGUUGUGUGGCGCACCGGAACAUUCCGACGAUAACCCGCACAUAAAAUGCCCGACCCCCGGCUGCGUGGGCUUGUUCUGCCCGCAGUGUUUCGCGGAUCUGCAAAACUUGUGCACUAUUUGUCGAUCGCCGAUAGAUUACGGUGACAUAUCCGACAUCAGCGAGGAGAAAGACUCGUCUGAAGAUGGAUAUCCAGUGGUGAAGGCAAAACCUGAAGUACCUAUAGAAGUAAACGAAGUGGGAGAAACAGAAGAAGAAACGGGAGAAACUGAAGAAGAAGUGGAAGAACCCGAAGAUGAGACCAAAGCGCUGCUGAAAAAAGUACCAAAAAAGGAGGCAAAAAGAAAGGUAAAAAAGAAAGUAGCCAAAAAGACAGAAGAAAAGAAAGUGGCGAAGGUAAAAGAACAAAAGCCAGCAGUAGUUGAAGUACCAGAAGUAGAAAAGGAUACAUAUCAGCAGACAGAAGAGAAAUUCAUCGAAGACUCUGACGCCGAUAGUUACACAUAUCAGGAGGAGUCUCCAAGAGAAGUAAAGGUCAAGAAAUAUAGGGAACCGUUUAAAGACGUCGAAGCUCAACAAAUUUGUGACGACGUAACGAUCCAAAUAUUUAACGAACCGUUCGUAAGAGAAAUAUCCUCGAGCAGCGAGUCUUGUUUCGUGGUGAGGGCACGUAGGAAGAUUCGUUCCAGAUUGAAAAAGAAACCAGCGUCUGACGGGAAGGAUUCCGAUUCAUCAUGUUCGAUAGCCGACACGGAGUCUUGGUCGAGCGAGGAGGUCGACGAGGAGGAAGUCAUACACAUAGAAGUGGACGAUGACUGCGAAGAAUUACUAGGGAAGGAUCGAAGGGAUAAGGAGAAACGGGGUCGUAUAAAUAAAAUCGAUGAUAGCAAAGCUUGCCGUUCACUGGAAACGAAACGACCGUCUCUGAUGAAUAAGAUCGUCAGCAUGCUUCAAAGGAAGCAAACGGUGCCGAUACAGACGUAUAAAAGAAGCAAGAAGAUAAAAGGCUCUUCGUCGUCCUCCUCGUGCUCGUGCGAAGACGAAAGUAGGGCUUUCUUGAAAGACGGAGGCAGAUCGCCCGAUGCCAGGCAUCUUCCGAGAAGAAGAAUUCGAAAGACAGAGACGGACGACGAGUCCGAUGAAAUGGAAAACAUCGAUUUUAAGCAUCCGCGUGAAAAGCAAUUCACUACGAAACAAUUACCAAAGUAUUUGGAGUCAACCGCAAAAUGCACGUCAUAUUUCGAAGUAGACGAAACGGAGGAUUCUAGAUCCGCGCGAAAAUGCGUCCGACAAGUGGAGGAUGUCAACGAAUUGUCAGGCGUAAAGGCGGCCGCGGAUCGAAGGAAGAGAGACACUUGGAAUAUAACAGAGGACGACGAAUUUAUGCCUCCUUGCUCUUGCACGUCAGACCUGACGUACGAUACGAUCGAGGAUAGAGGUCUUAGAACGAUGGGAACGAGUGCCACAUCGGAACACACGGAUACUUCGAAGACAAUCACGGAAACGGAGACGGACGAAGCUUCAUUGGUGACUGAAAGUGACACAGAACACACGGAGGAAACGAAAUCGUCGACAAGUGUGGAAAAAGAAGACUCAAAGGACGUAUUUGAUGAUUCUUCCGAGUACGAAGAAUCGAAGGAUUCAGGAGAAGAGACGACAGAGAUAAGUGAAGAUACUCAGGAAGAAGUGCCUAGGAAGAAGGGUAAGCAGGUGAAGGCUCGUAAGGAGACUAGAAAAGUACUGAAAAAGUCUGAAGUAUCAACUGGAGAUGUUACCGUACCUACGAGAGAAAUCACGGAUCGAGUAAGGCCCCUGAAACAAACUGUGCAACCUUCUGGGCCCGCUCCGAUGCACGAUGCUUUGGCUGGCUUGGAAGUGUAUGAUGUUGAUUAUAAAUCGAGAAGGGAACCGCAACGUGAACGACAAGCGGGUGGUGGAGACGAGGAAUUUGUCGAGGAGAAGCCUGAUGAGCCUAAAGUAGAAGAUUUAAAAGAGGAAAAAGAGAGGAAAGGUUCUAGGGGUCAGAAUCCAAAAAAGAAGUCUACAAAAAGUGGUGAUAAGAGAAGAAAAAUGGCGGAACAGCUUAAAGGAUUUUAUUCGAAAGCGAUACCUCGAAAAUCCGACAAGAAACGAGAAAUAGACGAAGUACCUGAUCCAAGGAAAUCAGAAAAAAAGUCUACGAAAAGUGGUGCCAAGACAAGAAAAAUGGCUGAACAGCUUAAAGGAUUGUAUUCUAAAGCGAUACCUGGAAAAUCUGAUAAGAAACGAGAAAUGGACGAAGUACCUGAUCCAAGAAAAUCAGAAGAAAAGUCUACGAAAAGUGGUGCCAAGACAGGAAAGAUGGCUGAAAGACUUAAAGAAUUUUACUUAAAAACGGUGCCUACGAAAUCUGAUAAAAAGGGAGAGGAUGAUAAAGAGUCAGCAGUAGAAGGAUUAAAACGAAAGUCUGUGGACGAUAGUAACAAAGACAAAGAUAGGGUUGAACAAUCUGAGGUGCAAGAACCUAAAGUAGAACAUAGAACAUCUCAAGGAACAUCUAUAGAAGACAGUAACAAAGAAGAAGAGAGGGUUGAACAAUCUGAGGGUCAGGAUCCAAAGGAAAAACAUAGAACAUCUCAAGAUAAGAUGGAGGAAAAGAAGAAAAAAUCAAAGGAUUCGAUAGGAGAAUCUGUAGAAGAUACUGAUACAACGAAUGAGAAGGUUCAGAAAUCUGAAGAGUAA